UUCGGGCGCCUAUCGCGAGGCUUGGGCAGCGUUCUCGCGAGACUUGGCGCAAUAACCCCCGGCGAGGCUCACGCGGCGGCCUCUCUCUGUCUCUCUCUCUCUCCCCAAGAUGGCGCCGAAAGUCAAGAAGGAGGCUGUCCCGGCCAAGACCGAGGCCAAAUCCAAAGCUCUUAAAGCCAAGAAGGCAGUCUUGAAAGGGGUCCACAGUCACAAGAAGAAGAAGAUCCGGACCUCCCCCACUUUCCGGAGACCCAAAACCCUGCGGUUACGGAGACAGCCCAAAUACCCCCGGAAAAGUGCGCCAAGGAGGAACAAGCUGGACCAUUAUGCCAUCAUCAAGUUCCCACUGACCACUGAGUCGGCCAUGAAGAAGAUUGAGGACAACAACACCCUGGUCUUUAUUGUGGACGUCAAAGCCAACAAACACCAGAUCAAACAGGCGGUCAAGAAGCUGUAUGACAUCGAUGUGGCGAAGGUCAACACGCUGAUCAGGCCGGAUGGUGAGAAAAAGGCCUACGUUCGUCUUGCUCCAGACUACGAUGCUCUAGAUGUAGCCAACAAGAUUGGGAUCAUCUAAGCAACGUGUCUCCAGCACCAUACAGGACCCCGAUAUUAAAACUUCAGUGUCACAUGUAUAUUCAAAUGUUUGUACAUGACUUUGUAACUAUUAAAUCCAUCGCACCACCA